AUGAGCAUGAAAGAGCUGCCCCUCACCCCCCGUGGAAUCUUCUGGCAAGAAGACUUCAUCACUCCCGAGCACGAGCAGCAUUUAAUCUCCAUCUUCCGCCAUGAACUAAAGUGGCCCGACCGCAGCGGGCGCACAUCUCUCCACUACGGCUACACAUUCGACUAUAAGACCUUCGGAGUAGAUCCUGAGAUACCCUAUAAGGAGUUUCCAGACUGGCUGAAGCCCUUGAUUCCCACGACGGAGUCCCGUCCCCCGGAUCAGGUCUGUCUACAGUAUUAUCCGCCGGGAAGUGGCAUUCCGCCUCAUGUAGAUGCGCACCUGGCGUGGGAUCAGCUGUAUGCGCUGUCGCUGGGUGCGCCGGUCUUGAUGCAGUUCCGGAAGGGAAAGACGGAGGAGCGGGUGGACGUGGAUUUGACCCCAAGGACGAUGAUGGCGAUGGUUGGGGAUGCGAGACUUCAUUGGACGCAUGGGAUCAAGAAGCGCAAGACGGAUACGAUGCCCGAUGGUUCGGUGAGGCUAAGGGAGGAUAGGUGGAGUCUUACGUAUCGGUGGUUGAGGAAUGGGGAGUGUGAGUGUGGGAAUAUUGAGCUUUGUGAUGUUGCUCAACGGCGGAAUGGUAUUGAGAAGGAGAAGAGGUCGUUGAAACAGUUGGCCGAGGAGAGUGCUGGGCAGACUGCUUCUGAUUGA